UAAGUUUAGGCUUAUGCACAUAGCAAACGUGAAAAAUCAUGUCCAACUCGGUUCUUCAAAUCCUUUUCCUUCUGGUUUCCCUUACGGCACAAGCAUCAGGAGCUGCACCUAAACUUGCGAAGGCUAACUGUGCUGAAAGAUGCGGGGACGUCACCAUUCCCUUCCCCUUCGGAAUAGGAGCCGGGUGUUUCUUCGAUGACUGGUACCAGAUCGCCUGCCAAGAAGACAACACGGUUCCCAUUCUAAAGAAGAUUGGAUUCCGAGUUCUCAACAUUUCACUCCCCGAUGGAGACGUGGAUGGCAUGAUUAACGUCAGUCUUCCUGUCAUGUACUCGAAUGCAGGCUGCGGGGGCGACAGACGUGGUGCGGCGGUAAGCUUGAAAGGAAGUCAAUUUGUCUUCUCCCAGACAAGGAAUGUCUUUACAGCGGUCGGUUGCAACACCCUGGCCACAGUGAAUAGCACGGAAUCAGCUGUUUUCGGUUGCAGGACGAAAUGUGCUGGAACCAACACCAGCAUUAACCGGGAUAGUGCCUGCACCGGGAGGGACGGCUGCUGCCAGACUAUGCUCCCCCUUAACCUUCAGGGCUUUAGUGUGGAUUUCAAAGAAAAAGGUGGGCAUCAGGGUUGCAAGUACGCCUUCUUGAGGUCUGACUUUACAGGUUCAUAUGAUUUGAGAUUGAAUAAGACGGUUCCCGUGGUGCUGGAAUGGGGGAUUGCGAACAAUACCAAAUAUGGACGUAAGCUUAUCCGGCAGUCGGAGCGUCCUAGUUAUCCUUCCGUCUGUCGCACAUCCAGCAGCGACAACAGUGAGAUGCUAUUUACGCAGUGCUACUGCACAUGGGAGUAUGGUGGUAACCCAUAUCUUAUUAAAGGUUGCAAAGGUGGAGCUCCACUUGAACCUGCACCUGGACCUCCAAGCCACCACUGUGUUGAAAAAUGCGGGGACGUCACCAUUCCCUUCCCCUUCGGAAUACAAGCCGGGUGUUUCUUGGAUGACUGGUACCAGAUCGCCUGCCAAGAAAACAACACAGUUCCGGUUCUAAAUAAGAUUGGAGUGCGAGUUCUCAACAUUUCACUCCCCGAUGAAGACUUGGAUGGCAUGAUUAACAUUAGUCUUCCUGUGGUUUACUCAAAUGCAAGCUGCGGGGGUGACGGACGUGGUGUGGCGGUAAGCUUGAAAGGGAGUCAAUUUGUCUUCUCCCAGACAAGGAACGUCUUUACAUCGGUCGGUUGCAACACCCUGGCGACAGUGAAUAGUACGGAAUCAGCCGUUGUCGGUUGCCGGUCGAAAUGUGCUGGAGCCAAUGCCAGCAAGUAUAGUGCUUGUUCCGGGAGGAACGGAUGCUGCCAGACUAGGCUCCCCCUAAAUCUUCAGGGCUUUAGUGUGGAUUUCGAAGAAGAAGAAGGUGGACAUCAGGGGUGCAAGUACGCCUUCUUGAGGUCUGGUUUAACAGGUGUACAUGACUUGAGAUUGAAUUUUACGGUUCCUGUGGUGUUGGAAUGGGGGAUCGCAAACGAUACCAAUUAUGCACUCAACCUUACCCAGCAAGAUGACGACUCAAGCUAUUCUAAUUUCACCUGUGACAGAUACAGUGUUGACAACAGUGAAAUGCUAUUCACCCGGUGCCGCUGCCGACGGGGGUAUGGCGGUAACCCCUAUCUUAUUGGAGGAUGCCAAGACAUUGAUGAAUGUCAAGAUCCAAGUACAUGCUCCGGGACUUGUGUGAACAACCGAGGCGGCUAUGACUACGUCGAUGGUAGAAAGACAAUUAAAUUCAUUCUUAUCGGGGUUGGGGCAGGCCUUGGGGCUCUACUUUUGUGUCUUUUCCUAUGGAGGUUGUACAAAUACAUCAAGAAGAGGAAAGAAAUUAAGCUCAAAGAGAAGCACUUCAAACGCAAUGGCGGUCUUUUGUUGGAAAGUGAGCUGUCUUCAGCAGAGGGCAAUGUCGAGAAAAGCAAAUUGUUCAAUUCCAAGGAUUUAGAGAAGGCCACUGAUAAUUUCAACGAGGAUAGGAUACUCGGGCAAGGCGGGCAAGGUACUGUUUACAAGGGAAUGUUAAAAGAUGGAAAGAUAGUUGCAAUUAAGAAAUCGAAAGUGAUAGACGAGGGAAAAGUCCAACAUUUCAUAAAUGAAGUCCUCAUUCUCUCACAAAUCAAUCAUAGGAAUGUGGUUAAGUUGUUGGGGUGUUGCUUGGAGACGGAAGUCCCGCUUUUAGUAUAUGAGUUCAUACCAAACGGGACUCUAUACCAAUAUCUACAUGACCCAAAUGAAGAGUUUCGUGUAUCGUGGGACACACGCCUACGAAUUGCAACUGAAAUUGCUGGAGCCUUAUUCUACUUGCAUUCAGCAGCCUCCAUUCCCAUUUAUCAUCGAGACAUCAAGUCUACCAAUAUCCUCUUGGAUGAGAAAUAUCGGGCAAAAGUGGCGGAUUUCGGUACUUCCAAGUCUGUUUCCCUCAAUCAAACUCACGUGACCACAGUGGUGCAGGGGACUUUCGGCUACCUAGAUCCCGAGUAUUUCCAAUCAAGUCGGUUCACGGACAAAAGCGACGUGUACAGCUUCGGAGUUGUGCUUGUUGAGCUAUUGACGGGACAAAAGCCAAUCUCGUCGCUGAGGGAAGAAGAAGGGAGAAGCCUUGCAACCUAUUUCAUAAUUUCGAUGGAGGAGAACCGCUUGUUCGACAUCGUUGAUCCUCAAGUUUUGAAAGAAGAUAAGAAGGAAGAGAUUGAAUCAGUUGCUAACCUUGCGAGAAGGUGCUUAAACUUGAAUGGGAGGAACCGGCCUACCAUGAGAGUAGUGGUAAUGGAGUUGGAGGGGAUAAGGAAGCUCCCAAAUCCUUCGGGUGAGGAUCAAAAUCAAGAGAACCGAGAGGCAACUGGAUCUUAUGAUGCUGCUUUUACAUCUAGCAAGGCAAACGUUGAGAUGGAUGUCAUUACAUUGUCGGAUGUGCAGCCACUCUUACCCAGUGGGACAUGGUGACUCUUAUGACUC